ACCCGUACACAAUGUCUUUCCACAGAUUCUACGCCUCAUGGUUCGACCACCUGAACCACCUGGUGCACCAACUCACCCUCGCGCCCAAGCCCACCACCCCACAAGACAACCCAGCCCUGCUCCAACUGGUCCAGAAGGUCAUUUCUCACUACUCCCAGUACUACAGAGCCAAGUCCGUCGCCGCCCAGAACGACGCCGUUUCACUCUUCGCGGCCCCAUGGUCCUCCUCCCUCGAACGCUCCCUCCACUGGGUCGCCGGGUGGCGUCCCACCAUCGUUUUUCACCUCAUAUACACCGAGACCAGCGCCCGCUUCGAGUCCCACAUCGCCGACAUCCUCCACGGCGUACGCACCGGCGACCUGGGCGACCUCUCCACCGCUCAGCUCCAUCGGGUGAGCGAGUUGCAGUGCGAGACGGUGAGGGAGGAGAACGAGAUCACGAGCGAGCUGGCCAAGUGGCAGGAGGGAGCAGUGGAGCUGGUGGAGGCAGGUGGGGAUGGGAAUGUGGAGGAGAAGAUCGGAGGACUGAUGAGUGUGUUGGUGAAGGCGGAUGAGCUGCGGAUGAGGACGAUUUGGAGAGUGGCGGAGAUGUUGACGCCGCAGCAGGCGGUGGAGUUCUUGAUCGCGGCUGCCGAGUUGCAGUUUGGGGUUAGGGUUUUGGGGUUGAACCAUGAUAACCAACGUGAGAAAUGAGAAUGUACGAGCAUUUGGGUAGAACCGUAGAAGUUAAUUUGAAUAUGGUCGUACAAGAGGAAAUUUGAAUUGCUCAGAAUGUACUUCAAAUUUUCCUUUUUGUU